AUGGAAUACAUCUCUUAUAAUAGCUGCCUUACUGAGCAAUCUGCUCAAAUCGAGUCUCUCAUUCUGAGUAGGGAUCAACGGAAGGCAUAUGGAUUCCCGGUUCAGAUGAAAUCGCAAGUCUACGUUCAGCCAUGUCAGUACUCCUCAAAAGAGUUGUUUUAUACGGAAUAUGAUUAUACCCGUGUGUGCACCCGUUGCCAGACUGUGUUUGAAGUUGAGAGAGAUGGAUACCAACGAAUUUGGGGAGACUCGCCAGUUUGUCAAGUCGCAAAUCAUGGAAUGUAA